AUGACGAGCACUUACUCAGACCAGCCAAGGUAUCGGGACGACCCUUCGGCAAACGAGAAGGAUAUCUUAGUUGCUGAAUAUAAUAUUACCGCUUUGGAAGAUGCACAAGCAUCUCCCGUCCACAAAAGGCGCUGUGGUUUCAUAAAAGGAGGAUGGGCCGGCUUUAGAGACAGCUCUCGGUCUAUCUGGACUAGAAUCUCGCUUGCACUCUUCAAAGUUGUCUUGUUUGCUGGGCUGGUUGGGUUCUUCUACAAAGGCACUUUUCACGGAUUUAAGAAGCAGUGUGCACACUCCAAGCAGAACAACCACCAGGUAUCUGUAAAUAGCUGGCAUGACCAUGGACCUUCUGAGAAACGGGACAUCUCUGUCAAUACAACUACCAACUCCAUUGUCGGCAAAUUUCCGCUCUAUGACAGUCUCAACUUAACCACCGUCACUGGUAGCAUUGCUGUCGUCAUCGACCCUCAGCCUGCACAUCCAGAACAACCAGAAAAGCCAGCACGUGUGUCCAUCAAGACCGAGUCAGGAAGCAUUUCUGUUGCAUUCAGGUUGCCUGGUGUACAACCUGCCCUUAACGAUGCUGCCAGUUUCACACAACUCCAAAGCCUUUAUUACUCGGACAAACCAAGUGUACGCAGCAACGACAAUAAAAACAACAACCUGCACGCAUUCCUCACCCCUCGUUCCUACGAAGUAGAAAUCCAUACUUCCUCUGGUAGCAUCUCGGGCCAAAUCGCCUUCUCAAAUCUACUCAAGCUCUCCACUGUCUCCGGCUCCAUCAGCGCCAACCUCAUUCCCCUUGUCUUCCUGCCCGAUGAAGACGAAGAGCCCCCUCGCGAUCCCCGUGAUCCCUGGAACCCUCCGGGCGAUGGCCAUGACGAUGUGGUUCCCGCACAUCGCGCAAACAUUUCCAUCAUAACCUCCACCGAGACAGGAAGCACUCACCUCUCGCUUUCCGAGCCCUUCUUCCCCACACCUCCAGAACAAUCUACCAAGAAAGCAGGCCAGCCGCAAAAGGGCAAGCAUAUCCCCUAG